AUGUGGGAUGAAGCUACCACGGCGCAUCGGUAUUCUGUCGAGGCAUUUGAUACGACUAUGAGAGAUAUGACUGGUAACGAGAAGCCGUUUGGUGGUAAGAUUGUUAUUAUGGGAGUGGGCGAUACGUAUUAUUCUGAUUUCUUGAUGCGAGUUGGUGAUGGAAAUGAACCUUCUUGGGCAAAUGACAUGAUAAAGAUGCCAGAUGAUAUGGUGAUACCCUGGAAUGGUGAAGAUUCAGUGUCCCAACUGAUAGAUGCUAUCUUUCCCGACUUGGCAGAUAAUUCCAAGGAUCAAGAUUACUUGCUUAAUCGGGAACUGAUUACACCACUGAAUGAGCAUGUCGAUAAGUUAAAUGAUCGAGUGGUUAGCAUGUUUCCCGGAGAAGAGCAUACGUAUUAUUCAUUUGAUUUUGUGGAAGAUGACUUCCAAAACCUCUAUCUUUAA